GAAGUGACCUCAUUUUCAGAUGCGGAACAGAGGCCGACUUUUAGGGAAGUUUUACUCGGUAUCAACUCCCGUCCCGACCUCGGUACGGUAUAUUUAGGGAGAGGGACCUACCUGAGAUACCUAGGCCUUACAGUAGACGCCCUCUAGCUCUCGAGUCAAGUCAUUGCCGAUCCCGAGAUACAAGUCUCCCUCCAAUCCAAUCCAAUCAAUACCUUUCCCUUACAAGCCGAGCUUUAAAUACUGUAUCUGGGCACCUACCUAUAGUCGAGCACGGCCCCGCGCGACUUGUAAGUUUCCCUUCCCCGGGUUUUUAAUUACUGUUCAUUCCCCAUCAAUUCAAUUCGAUUCUCUAUUUCUGUCCUACAUAAACAUCGCUUACACGCGCGCCUCGCUUAAGCUUAAACUUGUAUACUACACCGACCAUUUACAAACGGCAUCAUGUCAGACAACGCCGAAAAGGAGACCACUCCUCAGAUCGACACCCCUGUGACGAAGGUCGAGAUCACUCCUAACAAGGUCGAAAUUAGCACGGCGCCUGAGACUCAGGCAAUCCCUCAGAACGACAAUGUCGCUCACGCUCUUGCUGGCGCCGGAGGUGGUCUUCUGUCCAUGAUCCUGACCUACCCUCUCAUUACCCUCUCCACACGCGCUCAGGUCGAGUCUAAGAAGGCCGAGAGCAAGUUCAGCGAGGCUGUUGGCAACAUCAUCGCCCGCGAGGGUAUCUCUGGUCUCUACUCCGGUAUUAACUCGGCCCUCUUCGGCAUCAGCGUCACCAACUUUGUCUACUACUACUGGUACGAAUGGACUCGCGGUUUCUUCGAGAAGGCUGCAGCCAAGGCUGGUCGCGCUGGCGCCAAGCUCACGACCGUUGAAUCCAUGAUUGCUGGUGCGAUCGCUGGUUCGGCCACCGUCAUCAUCACCAACCCUAUCUGGGUCGUCAACACCCGAGUCACUACUCGCCAGCAAGAGAAGAAGCAGGAUCUCGAGUCCGGCGAGUCUAAGCCUGCCAAGGCUCCGAGCACCAUCGGCACUCUGCUGCUCCUCCUCAAGAACGAGGGUCCUCAGGCUCUCUUCUCUGGUGUCAUCCCGGCUCUUGUCCUCGUUAUCAACCCUAUUCUCCAGUACACUCUCUUCGAGCAACUCAAGAACACAGUUGAGAAGCGUCGCAAGGUGACUCCUACUAUCGCAUUCUUCCUCGGCGCCCUAGGCAAGCUGUUUGCUACUGCCAUCACCUACCCUUACAUCACCGUCAAGUCUCAGAUGCACGUCCAGGGCAGUGGUAAGAAGGAGGGUUCCCUUAGUGCUCUUUCUCGCAUCGUCCGUGAGAGUGGUUACUCUGGUCUCUACCGAGGCAUCGGCCCUAAGGUCACGCAGAGCGUCCUCACUGCUGCGCUCCUCUUUGCCUUCAAGGACGUUCUCUAUGAGCAGACCGUUCGUCUCCGAAUGGCCCAGGCCGCUCGCCGACAUGUUGCCGCUUAAGCACUGGUCCCACUAGGCCUGUUUUCUUAUCAGAAUUGAAGAUCCCCAGUUAUUCUCGGUAUCUCAUUCCGAUUACCGAAAAGCAUUUGCAGUGAGGAUGCGCUCGGUUUGUUAUUGAAAUUGUCGCAAUGGAAAUGGCGUUGUAUCUUCUAUACCUAGGUAGUAUUAGUUCAUAUUCUGUUUGAUGUUUGAAACCAGGGCUGGUAACCAGGAAUAUUGGAAGAGGGUGCUGCUCUCAUCUGGAUACCCGAAUACGCUAAGGCGGCUUUGAUGUAACAAUUCAAUUUAAGCUCAUUUUGUCAUUACACAUGGAUUUCCUUCAAAAAGCAUUCAUUCAGGAACCAGACGAGGUACAAUCCACCAGUCAUGAUAACACUUAUCAGGAGUUGGCACCUCAGCUCUGAGCUUCAGAUUACUCGCAUCUUCCUUUGAUGCCUUCAGCACAGCCGUGAUCGCGAGCCCUGUUGCAAUACAAGCUUUGAGCGCGUUCUUCUUUGAAGUCUGCCAUUUAUCGUGAGAACCAACGGAGAACGAAUCUGUCGCAGACAACUUGCUCAGAACCUCAAACCCCU